AGUUGCUCCGUUUGGGUAUUUUUUUAUUCUCAAUCUCUGCAAUACCAUUACUUGUUCAUCAAAAUUGGGUUUUGGGUUCCUUGAUUAUUGGUCAAGGGCUUUGAUUUCUAGUUGGGACUGGGUAUCUCAGUGGUUCUAACUUCUACUAGGACCAAAAGGAAAGAGAUAUGCGUUUUAAUCUGCACAGCAAUCACCAGUGCUCCCUUUGGAUCUCUCAGCUCUACGAUCACAGCCGCCAAUCCUUUGUGAGCAUAGAGCAAUGGGCCGUAAAGCUGGUACGCUUCAUAUCAACCCAAAGAAAUUUGGCUCUCUUCACAAGCCUUGCAUGAAGGAAAUGAUUACAUUUCUAAACUGCUUGGCUGUUAACCACGGCAGUGACGAUAAGUGUGUUAGGCAGAAGGAACUUUUGAGCGCUUGUAUGGAUUCUCAGACAAGCAAUAAAAGGAAGUCCUUGGGAAGUAUUAAUUACCACCUGCAGAGGCUUAACAGAGGAAGGAAGUAGUUUGGGGGUUUUUAGAUAAGAAUGUUCGACUCAGGCUCAUUCUUCAGGUUCAGCAGUUGCAGACGUUUAGCAGGGGAAGGAACUAUUUUGUUUAUUGAACCAAAGAGUGUCUAUCAUUUCUCAAUUCGACUUGGAUGAUUCGCCGGUGAAAACAUCGAACAUUUUUUGAACAAAUAUACUAUUGUUUACAUUAAUCCUCGUCCAGUUAAAGAGGUUUGCAA